AGUAGAUGGGACUAUAGGCUGGUGCCACUGUGCCUGGCAAAUACUAUUUUAAUCACUGUAGAGAAGAAUCCUCCAUUAUUUUUCUGGAGUGGGGAAGAAGCAUUCACUUGGCUGCACUAGGUCAGAAGAGGAUUUGGGGAGCUCUAACUGCUUCUUAAAUAGACUUUCAACCAGUUCCUCUCAUUUUAACUUCCCUUUACCCCAACUUAUGAAGAUACAUGAUAUCUCCAAUUCCUGAGCUUCUGGCAGAUUCCAUAAAUUAAUCAUUGGUUUUCCUUUCUGCUAGAUUGGGGGGCUGUUUGUUUUUUUAAGGUAAGCUGAGUACUUAGCCAUUAGACAAUGUGCUAAAUCAGGGGUGUCCAAUCUUUUGGCUUCCCUGGGCCACACUGGAAGAAGAAGAAUGGUUGUUUGUUUUUUUAAGGUAAGCUAAGUACUUAAGCGUUAGGCUAUGUGCUAAAUCAGGGGUGUCCAAUCUUUUGGCUUCCUUGGGCCACACUGGAAGAAGAAGAAUUGUCUUGGGCCACACAUAAAAUACACUAACAAUAGCUGAUGAGCUUUAAAAAAAUCGCAAAAAACCUCACAAUAUUUCAAUAAAGUUUACGAAUUUGUGUUGGGCUGCAUUCAAAGCCAUCCUGAGCCAUGAGCCACAUGUGGCCUGUGGGCCGCAGGCUGGACAAACUGCUGGUAAAUCAAAGCUCCUUAACAUGCUAAGAAAGGUCUUUCAAGAUCUGGUUUCCACCUAUCUGUCAUUCAUUCAUUAUUUAUUUCCCCCUGUUAUAUGCCAGGCACUUGUGAUGGGCAUGGAACAAGAGGGACACGGUUCUUGCACUUAUGGAAUAUAUACUAUUGUAAGGAAAAAUUAGAUUGAUAAAUUAUCUGUGACAAACAGUGAAAGAAGGCAGUGCAGUUGGUAUGAGAGCAUACUCAGUUUGUAGGAGUCAGACACUGGUCCACCAUUCACCAACUUGCCCAAGCCAGAAAGCAGGAGGUUGUCCUUGAAUCCUUACUUCCCACGUCCAAAUACUACGAGUCUCAUAUAUGCUAUUUCUUAAGUAUCUCUCAAAUUUAUUCUCCUAAUUCCACUGCCAGAUAUAAUCCAAGUCAUUAUCAUCUCCUACCUGUGCAACUACAACAGACUCCUAAAAGCUCUAUCUUCCUCAGGCAUUCUGGCUCCUUCCAAUCCAUUCUCCUUAUGGCAGCCAGAGGGAUCUUCUAAAAACAAAAUUCUAGUCAUACUAGUCCUCUGCCUAAAACCCCUUAAAGGUUUCCCAUUACCCUCAAGAAAUAGUCUGAAAUCCUUACCAUAAUUUACAAGGCAAUAUAAUAUAAUGGUAAUUUUUACAAAUUGGGACUCUGGAGUGGAGAAACAUGAGUCCAAAACCAGACUCCAGAACCUACCUGCAAGGUGACUUUGGGCAAGCUGCUUAACAACUCCAAACCUCAAUUCUCUCAUCUCACCUGCAAAAUACAGUUACAGAAUCUUCUCUAUUUAUUUAUUCUGAGGAUUAAAUUAUAUUACAAGUACAAUAUAGGGGGGGCACUCUUGCCCUCUUUUUCAGUGCUCCCCUUAGAGCUGUGGUUAGGAGUAUUUACUCUGGAAAGAGCCUGACCCUUUGGCACCUGUUUCCUCUUUUAUAAAUUGGAGAUAGCAGCAACCCACCUCAUAAGAUAGCUGAUUAAAUUAUGUAAAAUGUCUACAAGAGUGCCUGGCACAUAGUAAACGCAACGUGUUUGCUACAAUUCCAUUCUCUUUCAUUUCUUCCAACGUGCAUCCUCUUUACUGCUUCUGCUCCGUUUACUCAUCCUUCAGCACUGGGUUCAAAUACCACCUCCUCGUGGGUGUUGGGGGGGUUCUCAACCCCAGCCCUGCUGCCCGACCUCCCAGGCCCGCUAGUUGAUGAGGCAGCAACCUCAACCCUACCACAUGCAAAUUCUAGCUGUCUACCGCGUAUCCCUGCAGUAACAACUUCAGCCUCUGCACACCUUUCCCAAAGAACCUCCCUACGGCAGUUUUUAAAAGACUCUCAGGCGGCACACCCUCGCGAGCGUCCCAGCAUUUUACCUUAACAGUGACACCCCACAGCUUGUGAAGCCCACCGGAAGUGAGCUGGCUGGGGGCGUUUCCUCACAACCACCCACCUCCUACGCCCUUGGCGCCUUCCGGCCUCUUAGGCUAGGUCAGGAAGGUGGCGGAACUCGGUGAUCUGACUGGCGGUUUCCCGGCCGGACUGAGAAGAGGAGCGCGCUGCGCGUCGCAGGAGUAACGUACUUGGUCUCCUGCUUUCGCGACAUGGCCUUCAAUUUUGGGGCUCCCUCGGGCACCUCCGGUACCGCUGCAGCCACCGCGGCCCCCGCGGGUGGGUUUGGAGGAUUUGGGACAACAUCUACAACUGCAGGUUCUGCAUUCAGCUUUUCUGCCCCAACUAACACAGGCACUACUGGACUCUUCGGUGGUACUCAGAACAAAGGUUUUGGAUUUGGUACUGGUUUUGGCACAACAACGGGAACUAGUACUGGUUUAGGUACUGGUUUGGGAACUGGACUGGGAUUUGGAGGAUUUAAUACACAACAGCAGCAGCAGCAAACUACAUUAGGUGGUCUCUUCAGUCAGCCUACACAAGCUCCUACCCAGUCCAACCAGCUGAUAAAUACUGCGAGUGCUCUUUCUGCUCCAACGCUGUUGGGAGAUGAGAGAGAUGCUAUUUUGGCAAAAUGGAAUCAACUGCAGGCCUUUUGGGGAACAGGAAAAGGGUAUUUCAACAAUAAUAUUCCGCCAGUGGAAUUCACACAAGAAAAUCCCUUUUGCCGAUUUAAGGCAGUAGGUUAUAGUUGCAUGCCCAGUAAUAAAGAUGAAGAUGGGCUAGUGGUUUUAGUUUUCAACAAAAAAGAAACAGAGAUUCGAAGCCAACAACAACAGUUGGUAGAAUCAUUGCAUAAAGUUUUGGGAGGAAACCAGACCCUUACUGUAAAUGUAGAGGGCACUAAAACAUUGCCAGAUGAUCAGACAGAAGUUGUUAUUUAUGUUGUUGAGCGUUCGCCAAAUGGUACUUCAAGAAGAGUUCCAGCUACAACGCUAUAUGCCCAUUUUGAACAAGCCAAUAUAAAAACACAAUUGCAGCAACUUGGUGUAACCCUUUCUAUGACUAGAACAGAACUUUCUCCUGCACAGAUCAAACAGCUUUUACAGAAUCCUCCUGCUGGUGUUGAUCCUAUUAUCUGGGAACAGGCCAAGGUAGAUAACCCUGAUUCUGAAAAGUUAAUUCCUGUACCAAUGGUGGGUUUUAAGGAACUUCUCCGAAGACUGAAGGUUCAAGAUCAGAUGACUAAGCAGCAUCAAACCAGAUUAGAUAUCAUAUCUGAAGAUAUUAGUGAGCUACAAAAGAAUCAAACUACAUCUGUAGCCAAAAUUGCACAAUACAAGAGGAAACUCAUGGAUCUUUCCCAUAGAACUUUACAGGUCCUAAUCAAACAGGAAAUUCAAAGGAAGAGUGGUUAUGCCAUUCAGGCUGAUGAAGAGCAGUUGCGAGUUCAGCUGGAUACGAUUCAGGGUGAACUAAAUGCACCUACUCAGUUCAAGGGCCGACUAAAUGAAUUGAUGUCUCAAAUCAGGAUGCAGAAUCAUUUUGGAGCAGUCAGAUCUGAAGAAAGGUAUUACAUAGAUGCAGAUCUGUUACGAGAAAUCAAGCAGCAUUUGAAACAACAACAGGAAGGCCUUAGCCAUUUGAUUAGCAUCAUUAAAGAUGAUCUAGAAGAUAUAAAGCUGGUCGAACAUGGAUUGAAUGAAACCAUCCACAUCAGAGGUGGUGUCUUUAGUUGACAGUUCACAAACUUGUGUAAAGGUUUGUGAAAUGCAUCUUCUUACUGCAUCAGACCUUCCUUAAGAAUGAAACCGACCACAUGGAGGGAAAAAGAAAACAAUUCUCUCUUGGCUUGGUUUUUUGAGAAGUUUACUGACAAAUUACUGUUCAUCAAAUCUGAAAUAGUCACCUCACAGCUCUUCAAAGAAAACCUUUGAAAGAUUUAUAUCUAAAAGCUGUAUUUACUUUAAAAGAAGUGCAUAAUUACCAAAAUUGUAUGUACUAUUGUACAUUUUUACAACAGCAUUUUCUUAAACAUAAUCUGUGUUUAAUGAUUAUUGUCCAUUGAGCCUGUACUCUGCUUUCCAUACCAAGUAAAUAUGAAAUAAUCUACUUUGCACAUAACAGAAGAAACUAUAAUUACUUGGCUGUUGGAGAUUUGUACUUGAGUAUAAAUGUACACCAGUUUUUGUAUUUGUGAACUCAUCUGUGGGAGGAGUAAAGAAAAUCCAAAAGCAUUUAAUGUUUUCUUUUUGUUCUAUAAAGAUAUGAAAAUGUAUUUUUAUAUUAUUUUACUUAUUUGGAAUUUACAGAGCACACCUAAGCAAUUAGGAUAUAACAAAAUUACUUAACCAUUUUUGCAACCAUUUUGUUUUUUAAGCCUUUUUAUUUCUAAAAAGAUGAAAACUUAUGAAUAAAUUCUUAAUUUGUAAUUACUUUUA